UGCAUAUGGAAUGGAGAACAUUUUAUCUGGAUGUGACGCUUAUACCCUUAGGGUUACUCAUAAACCUUAUCUACCAUGUUUGGUUAUGGUACAACGUAAGGACACAACCUUCCUUAACCAUCUUCGGAAUAGAUGCCGAUGGCCGCCGUUUGUGGAUUCCUGCCAUUAUCAAGGAUAUUGAAAAGAAGAACAUUGUAGCAGUGCAAAGUGUUCGGAACAUGAUGAUGGGAUCGAUCUUUAUGGCGAACACAAGCAUUGUUCUGUGUUGUGGGCUUGGAGCAAUGAUAAGCAGCACUUACAGAGUGAAGAAGCCUCUAAUUGAUUCAGUUUACGGAGGACAAGGCGAAUUCGUUGUGGCACUAAAAUAUGCAAUCAUCUUUACAACGUUCUUGUUCUCUUUUUUCUUUUACUCUCUAUCAGUUGGGUUUCUCACCCAGUUGAGCAUCCUCGUUUGCUUACCACAGCAUGUCAUCAGCUUGGUUACUCCAGAGCAUCUGACUGAUCUAUUGAGAAAAGCUUCAAUUUUCAAUAUUGUGGGAGACAGACUUUCACACACAGGACUUUUCCUUCUUCUAUGGAUCUUUGGACCUGUCAUGGCAUUCUCCUGUUCUGUUGCCAUGUUGUUGGUGUUUCAUAAGCUGGACUUUGUUGUUUUAAAAUAA